AGGCAGUUAGGCAAGUCGGAGAAGUGUAAUAAUCAAAUUAUCUUUCAGUUAUUCCCUAAUAAGUCGUGUUUUCAAUUUGUCUCAAUUCAAAGUAAUUUGUUUUUUUAAUAUCACUUUUUUUAAAUUUAGGAACAUUAGGUGUGACCCACUUUUAGAGUCUGAAUAUUGUAAUACAAAAUUAUUCAGCAGACGAAUAAAACUUUUAAUCAUGACAAAAGAUGCUCUAUAAAUAACUGAAACACGUUUAAGAACAAAUGCCAUAAUUAGCUUGAAUUUAUUGACUUAAAGGCAUGAUUAUAAUUGAGCUAAUCCAUGAUUCUAUUUUAAAAUGUUCAAGCUAAUAAGCAUUUCCUUUAAAGAACUCAAAGAGAGAAGCCAAUGCGGAGAACAUGAUCAUUUUCUAAGGACUAUAAGCACUAUUUAGAGUUAGAAUCUUAUUUAGUUAUUUUUCUAUAAGAGAUUAUACCCAUGGUUUAAGGAGACAUAUUCCUGUUACAGGAUCAAAUAGGAAGCCAAGAGGAGAAAUAAUGACCUAAAUAGAACAAUUGGUGUUCGUAUAUAAUCUAGAAAAAGAUUAAUUAGUCAUAAAGGCUUGCAAUCCCAUUAAAGAUAAAUAUUUUUCUACUGCGACAUCUUAAAAGACAACGUAAUACUGAUUAGAUUAGGCCCGUGAAGCUAUCAUAAACUUAUAUUUGAGACAUUGAUAAAACAUGAAGUGUAACAAUAAUUCAGUAUUAAAUUAAUUAACAAUAUCUGCUUUAGUACUUUUAGAUAUAUCAACAUUACAUAUAGUAUCAGGUAUGUAUGUACUGGAAUGAACUAGUUUAAAUUAGAAAGUAUUUUGUUUUGCGAACAAUUAUCUACAUUUAAUGAGCAUUUCGAUCUAGGAUUAAUCAAAGAUAAUACUAUUAUAACUUAAUUCUCGUUUAUUAGUAAAUAGUAGUCUUAAACUUCUUAAUAUUUAAUCUUUUUAAAGUGUGUCCAUAUUAGUUAUACUUUCUGUUUCUUAUUUCUUUAAGUUAAUUAGUCGGUUUUUCUGGAUUUAGAGAUUGGGUUAGUACUAUGUUAAGUGAUCCCUAUAAGAAUGGGUGGGAUCAGAGACUUAUUAUUAACCCCUUUUUUUAAAUAAUGUAUCCAUUUAUAAUUAGG